ACGAGGCGAACAGUAACCCGUGGGUGCGUUGCACGAGGGGGUGACGGGACCGCGAGCGUAAGGUCGUUACUUCGUCCAAAUAACCACUUCAUUUCACGACCAAGAUAGGAGAAGGAAUUAUUAUAUAUGUUUUUGUCACAUUAAGGAAGUCUUUAUUACAAUUCGCGUUCCUGUAUUGAAUUCAUGUGAAAAUUAGCGUUAGCAGUCAACAGAUAAAACGCAGGUAUUUGUUAGUCUUAUUUAAGGCACAGAUUAUUUUAAACGAUACGUAUUUAUUGAGUCGUGACUUGGAGGUAGUUCCUCCAUAUCUGUUUGAUGCGUGUACUGAAGUUUAAAUUUUAAUGAACAUAAUGAAUUUUAAAUAUAAUUACACAGUAUAAUAAGGUGUUAAUUUUCUCGUCAUGGGUGGUCUACUUCCGAGAUGGACGGCUGAAUCCAAUUAGUGGAUCGGGGAAAUGUGCAAUUAGUACAAGAUGAGAAUAAGACGCGAUGAGACAACACAGCCGUUGCGAAGACACGCGAAAAUCGCUUCUAUCCACCUUCCACAAGAUAAAAAAAAAAAGAUUUUCAUUAGAGAUCCUUGGUGAAAGAGAUAUUAAUUUUAAAUAAACUGAUAACAUAGAAUUUUCUUCCGUUUUACAUGUCAGAAGAUGUAAAUUGAUUAGGGAGUUAGUUAAAACAAAAAAUCAGAUAGAUUAACUGUUAGCGUUUCCUUAUCUUCGUCUCGAUAAUAUAUGAAAUGACAUUAUUUAACCAAACUGGAGUAAUCUGGUGGCAUUGGUGGGUGAUAAGAAGGACAAAACGUAGAACUGUUUUACAAUCACGGAAUAAGAUGUUCAGUGUGAAACUUGAAGCAGACAACGUCUAGAGGAGCAAAAUUCGCCGCGUAUAAAGUAAAGAAAUGCAUCCCUGGUUGUUUACCAGAGGCUCCAUCGGAAAGAGUGGUUUAUUUUUGGCGGUGAAGAGUUCUCGGUACUGACGGAACAGACAACACUGGGGUUAGGGCUUUUCUAAAUCGCCGUAAAAUAACCGAGAUAACCCGCCGGAAACUGCAAAUAAAAAUGUUACUAAAAUUUGCUUUCGUGCAAAGUUUCCUUAAAUAACGCCUAUACUGCUUCAAAGUGAUGGAGGUGGGAGAGACGGCCAACCCCGGCUGUCUGACAAGAUUCGUAUGUCAGCUGAUAGCCCCCAGCCUCAAUACCAGUGUCCACGUCCCAUCAUGCGGCAACGCUCACGUAAACAGCGCCAAGGCCACGUUGCUGGACUGCGAGCAGUGGAACUCUGUUGCUCAAGACGCUGCAGACUACGAGUACUUCUUGUGCGGCGGGCAGCACAACAACUCCUUCACACACUGCAGCCACUGUGCAGACAACGGCACCAUCAUGCUCAACAUGACGCUACGCCUCUUGAUGCUGGGUGACGAGGGAAAUGUCAUUUGGGCCAGAAUCCCCAGCGUAAUCAAAUCCGUUUCGUGUAGUGUAGGUGGCUUUAUAGACAUGUUCAUGGACUGUACUAGUCCAGAAAAUGUGAAUGUGACGAGUGAAGAUAUCAUUUCAACAGUGGGCAUCGGUAACGCGUCAGAAGAGGAAUUCUCUAUGUUGCAAGAGAGCGAGUGGAAUCGAUCGUCGGCAUUGCGGGAUGUCAUAGGAGAAUACGUGAAGUGCUCACUGGAAAGUGUUUUCCUGAACGUGGAGUCAACGACGGGAGGUGCGUCUGUAUCUUCGGGAUUGGGAGACGAAUUGAAUUGGGAAAAUCAUCAUCACGACUGGAGUUUCCUGUUUGUGUUAGUUUUCAUAGUGGCCGGGGGUGUGGGCAACAUCCUCGUGUGUCUAGCUGUCUGUCUGGAUCGACGUCUACAGAACGUCACCAAUUACUUCCUGCUCUCCCUCGCCAUAGCGGACCUCCUAGUUAGCCUCUUCGUCAUGCCUCUAGGUGCCAUACCAGGCUUUCUAGGUUACUGGCCGUUCGGAGUUGUGUGGUGCAAUGUCUAUGUCACCUGUGACGUACUGGCAUGCUCUGCAAGCAUUAUGCACAUGUGUUUCAUAAGCCUCGGUCGGUACCUCGGGAUCCGUAACCCGCUCAAGACCCGACAUGCCUACUCCACGAAGAGGCUGGUUGGGUUCAAGAUAGCGCUGGUGUGGUUGCUGUCUAUGCUUGUGUCCAGCUCCAUCACAGUUCUGGGAGUCCACAACCCGCGGAACAUAAUGCCGGAGCCACACAUAUGCGUCAUCAACAACAGAGCGUUCUUCGUGUUCGGCUCGCUCGUAGCUUUCUACGUUCCCAUGGUGAUAAUGGUUGUGACUUACGCGCUGACGGUGCAGCUGUUACGGAAAAAGGCACGGUUUGCGGCCGAACAUCCAGAAUCGGACCAGUUCCGGCGUCUAGGAGGACGCUUUGCAGCCUCCAAGACACACCAUCACCACCACAACCACAGGUCUUCCACGUUGUCGCGCCAGCUCUGCAGAACCAGCGGAGGUUCCGACAGGAGCACCAGUAUACGUGUGAGUUCCUCGCACCCUCACCUGAACUACGUGGCGAAUGGGGGCAGCGGUGCCGGAGGGACGGUCACUGCUUCACGGGGGCGGUGUGACCAAGGGACACAGACUCCGGACAACAUCGCCCGGGAAACGCGAAACUUCCGUCUGAGAAGUCUUAAGCUGCAACUUAGCAUGGGGCCUUCGACACUCAACUUAAGGUUCCUAGCUGGCAGGAACAGAAGACGCUCGUUAGCUGCAAAUGCUGUGGCCACGGAACAAAAGGCAUCCAAAGUGCUGGGUUUGGUCUUCUUCACUUUCGUCCUGUGUUGGGCACCUUUCUUCAUCCUCAACAUAAUCUUCGCGGCGUGCCCACACUGCCACGUUCCAGAUCACGUGGUGGACACGUGUCUCUGGCUGGGAUAUGUAUCCUCUACAAUCAACCCUGUCAUCUACACGAUCUUCAACAGAACAUUCAGAGCUGCCUUCAUCAGGCUUCUGAGAUGCAAGUGUCACAGAUCGGCUAGGCCUCUCAGGUACCGGUCAGUGAGCGAGAAUCGGACGGUGGGAACGCCUAUGGGGUUCUUGUCCUCCACCACGGUGACGCCUUCAGUAGGGAGCUCGACUUCCACCCCAGCGGGUGCAAUGGCGGGGGCAGCCGCCCUGCCCUUGUCCUUGUCCCUGCAAGGGACGCCCUUACUAGCCACCCCCUCAUCAACAACGUCGUCAUACGUUGUCAUGAGGACGCCGUCAGAGAACUACCCAGACGCCUUCGAUGUGGAAGACCAUGACUGCUGAAUACUACCACUGCCACGUAACGCCAAACAUCUGAACUAGUCUCCACACCAAAAGUUACAGUGUUUACUGAGGGCUCGGAAGACAUUUCAGCUGAUGUCCAAUUAUAAAUUUGUAACAUAAUUCAGUCGCAUUUAUUAGUCAGGAAGUGAAAGCUACAAUAAGACAUUUUAAAUUAUCAUCGUUUUGCCACCUCCCACCAAAACUUGGUUCGUUCUUAAUGCGUCAAUGGCACAAAGGGGUCCUCCAAGAGAGUCCCCCCAAACUACAGACUGACACCAAAGUUACGAAUCGAUUUAAUACAAACCAUAACACGAUAGAAGAAUGUUUUUACACGCUGUGUUAUGGAAUGGUCACAAUUUACAGUUGUUCUCUCGGUUUAGGAGUGUUUCUUUCGCAUACGAAUACAUCUUUCGAAAAUUCAAGUAAUAUAAAUUAAAUUUAAAGAGUGGAUGAGAAUUUAAAUUGAAUAAGCAGUUGCAAAUGCACACCCAGUGUUUCAUAACAUCAGAGACAAUAUUCAAGAGUACAAUAAGAACGUGUGUUUCCACAGAUGAUUUCAAAGUAUCGGUACACAUUUAUAUAAAGGAAUACAUAUUUCGUUCCGUUUUGAAUGUAAGACAGAGAAACUAAAGCAGGAACAAGCUGUGCUCAAGAUCCUUCAAAAGCCUUUGUUCUGAGUGUCGCAAACGAACAGCGAGUUUCAAUUAGAAAAAUAAACACUGUAUACUGUAAAAUCUGUUGAACAUCAGUACGGUUCAGGGAGGAGUGUUUUAAGUGCUUUUCACAAUAUAUAACCAUCAGUUCACGAUGAAGAUAGCUGACAAAAAAAAAACACGUUCUGGAGAAAGAUUCCAUAAAGCACGAAUAUGGAUCAGUUAUUACAUAACAAAGCUGCAAUGGCUGACGGUUUGAGUGGUUGUUUUGUUUGUGAGAAUUUAGAUAUGAGAUACAAACUAUAUAUAUAAACUGUAAUUGCAAUAAAUUCGUUCCAUAUUCUUCCAAAGGUAACUAAACAGCAUAUAUCUGUAUAGAAUUAAAAAAAAUCGAUUGGUCCCGUUUCGCUUCUGCAGAGAUGUCGUCUGUUGUGAACGUUACGUCACUAGCCACAGGUACACACAACACAAGGAACUGCAGCACGUCCAGCCGGACA